UGCUCGAUACUAAUACUUAGUUAAACAAAUAAUAUAAAAUCGGUCAACCACCCACCCACCAAAAAGGCCGCGCGGCUUCGUUCGCGACGUAACGGUGAAAAGCACGCGUUUUCCGCUUUUCCAGCAGACGUGUGCCAACUCGCUUCGCCCAUUUUAAGCAGAGCAGCCGGAAAACACGCGCAUAUUGUGGAGGCAAUGGGAAGCAAAAACAUGUGUGCAUGUGUGUCGCUGGGAUAACGGCGAAAAAAGGCGAAAGAGGAGCUGUGAACUAGCGAAAACUUGAGCUGAGAUCUAAAAUCGGAUCUCAAGUUUGAGGACAAAGAUAGAGGGAGAGACGAGGAAAAAGCUGCUCUCACACACACACACGUUCAAACGCGUCGCACGCUCCCCCGUGUAAAACCAAUACAACAACAACAUGCAAUACUUGCAAAAUAGUUAAAUAAUUCUGCCCUGUCUGCGCUUUAUUUCCUUCUUCAUUUCGGUUCUUCUCGUUUUUAUUUUUUGUAUAAUUUCAACAAGUUUCUCGCUUUUCCCCACCCACACAAUCACAAAGUUAUUUUUUCGUUACUACUUCAAAACAACAAAAACACACGGCACGGCACACGAACACUAAACACCAAUACAACACAACGUCUCGUGUGACGUGCGAGCGCAGAAAUUGUCGUCUUUAGAUUUUGUUUUCGCCAUUUCCCUUUGUGUUCCGUUGUGUGCGGAAGAGGAGGGGGCGGAAGGUGAAGAGUGGCCAAGAAUCACCUGCGAAAAAGCGGCACGAGAUCGCCAGAAAAGCAGAAAAUCGCAAGAAGCAAAAGCGACCGGCUCCCCACGAACACUCACACACACACACAUCAAAAGCACACACACACGCAACACUUGUUGCAGCGGAAGACGAGAAGGGGCAGAGAGCGAUAAGAAGUGGUGAUAAAGGAGGAAUACGAGGAGGGAGUGGAGAACAAGUGCCUAAGAAGACAACAACGCGCAUCUGCUAUCAGCGAAUACCACUGCAAACAUGGUCAAGGAGAAGCCCAACUCUACUCGUAUCUACGACAAGGAUGGAUUUAGGCGACGGGCUGCCUGUAUUUGCGUGAAAUCCGAAACUGAGGCGGAGGUACUCUUGGUAACCUCGUCUCGUCGCCCGGAGCUGUGGAUCGUUCCAGGAGGUGGUGUAGAACCCGAGGAAGAGCCUUCGGUGACCGCCGUACGCGAAGUGCUCGAGGAAGCCGGCGUCGUUGGUGAUUUGGGUCGCUGUCUGGGUGUUUUCGAGAACAACGACCACAUGCAUCGCACCGAGGUGUUCGUCAUGAACGUGACCCAGGAAUUGGAUGAGUGGGAGGACUCGCGGAGCAUCGGCCGCAAGCGCCAGUGGUUUACCAUUGACGAUGCACUGUCGCAGCUGGCGCUGCACAAGCCGACGCAGCAGCACUAUCUGAUGCAGCUGCAGCACUCGAAGACGCGGGACAACACGAACCGGGUGGUGAACGCCACGCAUCCGCCCAAGUUGACCAAUGCCGCCACCCCAGCCGCAUCGCCCACCACGGCAUAAAGACAGCGGAAUGCAGGAAGCUGAAUCCACACAUGCACACCACACUUAACCCCGAGUCUAAUUCAACACUAACUCUAACCCCAUACCGAGAACCAUACACAUUUUGACAUUUUGGAAAUUUACAAAUAGACAGGCAGUCUUCUAGAUUAUGUUUAUUAAGCGAUACUUAUGUUACCCCGCAUCCCCCACGAAGCCCCAUUUGCGUUUAUGUUUAAGUCAAUACGUUCAUUUAUGUCUUUAGUAAUUGUAUCAGAACUAAAUUUAUGUGUUUACUCCAGAGCGAGUGAAGAGGAGGUGAAGAAAACAAAAACGCUACUCGAUCAAUGCUAAGCGAUAACUUAAAUUAUUCGAGAUCUUUAAUACAAAACAGAAGAAAACGAAAAAAACAUGUAAUAAUUUUUGAGCGAAUAGCACUUUUUGCAAACACUAAAAAGAAACUAAAACUUAACAAGAAAAUCCAAAAGUAAAGAUAUCUAUUAGAUUUUUCUACUCUUUUUUAUUAUUUACUCAAAAUGCAUCUUAAUUGAUUAUUGUAACAAACAAACCAAUUGGAAUCGGCUUUAACAAGCGCAAAGGAGAUCUAAUUAACUAUGCUAAGCGGCCUAAACAAUAAAACUAUUUAAGCGAUGACUAACGAAGCAAUUUCGUUCUGAAUCUACAUUUUCAAAAAAAAACUGGACCUUUGACGAACUGACAGAAGACGGAAAUAAAUCAUUAGAAAACCUUAAUAUUAUUAACAACAGUUGCCUAUGCAAGAAGAUAAAACCCACUGCAGGGGAAAUAUAAAGAUAAACGUUAACUUAUUGUAAAAAACAAAAUGCGAAAAAAUUAGAGAAGCCAGCAAACAACAUAUUAUGAACUAAUUCAACUACUAAGAUAUGUGCACGUUGUACUUUUCAGAAACAAAAAAAAUUAACAAUAAUUACGAUUAUAAUAUUAACACACCUAGGAGAGGAGCAUGUUUUCAAUGUGAUUUAAGAGAUACAAGAUACUUACAAACGAGUUGAACAAUUUUAUGUAAAAUUUUUUCGAUAAUUUUUUGGCACUUCAAAAGCGCGCAACAAACGAAAUUUUAAUUCAAGCUCAAUGGAAGCAAAGUCUGGCAGUUGAAUCUAUGAUUUCUUCAAUCUAUCAAUUGAACUUUAGUUGCAAACUAAAGCCGACAAACGAACUUUUAUCGGAACGCUAAAUUAUAUCACAAAUUGUUGCAAUUUAACAAUGAUUUACAACCAAUAAA